CGCGGUUUUCCACGCACUGUAUUUGAGUGAUUGUUAAAGUUAAAAUUUUCCAUUAAUUACUGCAACACUCAGCUAAAUAAACUGAAGAAAUAGCUCCAAAAUGGUCGAAAGAAUUGAAGAUCUGAAUCUUCCGAACUCUGUCGUAACGCGAUUGAUGAAGGAAGCUCUUCCUUCGGAUGUUAAGAUCUCCAGCGAAUCCCGGGUGGCUUUGACGCGCGCCACUUCUGUAUUUGUACUGUACCUGACCUCGGCUGCUACAGAUGAGGCCGAAAAGAAAAAGCAAAAAACCUUGACUGUGGACCAUGUCUUUGCUGGUCUGAUGCAGAUUGAAUUCGACAGCUUCAUAACUCCGCUGAGAAAGGAUCUGGAAAAUUAUCGGAAAGCAGCAAAGAAUAAAAAGGACAAGAAGGGUGUUAAACCGGAGAAUGGGGAACCGAUGGAAGAGGGUCACGAAGACGAUUAGUAUUAGAAGGUCCAAGACUGGAACACAUUAGACGUAAGAUUGUUUGAUUAAAUCUGAUUAUUUAAUAAGA